GCCGCUCCGCGCUUCAUCACAUUCUCAUACAGAGCAACUGUGCCUUUACACUGCUGAGCUGAGCUGAGCAACAACGGCUGAAACGUUUUAUUUCACCAUAAGCUAAUCCUAUUUCUGCCUGAUUACCUUUUUGUUUUGUUGUUUUUAUUGAUUCUUAAUUUAUCCUCUUUAAACGUUAAAUACUCUCUAAGCCACUUAGCUACUAUUCAUUGGACACUUAUUGUUGACUGAUGAUUGAGAGGAACUACUAAUAUAAAAUAGUUGUGGUUAGGUCCGAAAUGGAUUUACAAACGCUAAAUGAUACGUCUGGGAUUUGGGCAUGUCUCCAGUUUCAGAACAGCUCGGUUCUGAACGGGACCUCAAACGGAAGUCUGGAGAUUUCCAACGGCACCUGUGGAGACGCGCUUCUGAUGCCCAAGACGGAACCAGCUCGACCCAAAGAAAUGGAUUCACUGCGCAUACUGCUAUACUCUCUCAUAUUCCUGCUGAGCGUGUUUGGUAAUCUGCUCAUCAUUGUGGUUUUGGUGGUAAAUAAGCGAAUGCGGACGGUGACCAACUCAUUCCUGCUCUCCCUGGCCAUUAGUGAUCUUAUGAUGGCUGUUGUCUGCAUGCCCUUCACUCUUAUUCCCAACCUGCUGGAGGAUUUCAUCUUUGGAGCUGCCAUGUGCAAGAUUGUGGCCUAUCUUAUGGGAAUUUCUGUGUGCAUAUCUACCUUCAGUCUUGUGGCUAUAGCCAUUGAGAGGUACAGUGCCAUUUGCAACCCGCUGAAGUCACGGGCAUGGCAGACCCGAUCCCACGCCUACAAAGUCAUUGCUUCCACCUGGGUCCUGUCCUUCCUUAUUAUGACACCUUAUCCCAUCUUCAGCACCCUGGUGCAGUUCACCAAAUCCAACAACAUCACAGCUCACAUGUGCCGCCAUGACUGGCCAAAGAGCGAGGUGGAGCAAGCGUGGUGCAUCCUGUUGCUAUUUGUUCUGUUCUUCAUUCCUGGAGUAGUGAUGAUCAUCGCUUACGGGCUCAUAUCUCGAGAGCUCUACCGUGGAAUACAGUUCGAAUUGGAACAGAAGAAGGGACAAUGCGGAAUGAAAAAUGGUAUCAGCGGCACUGUCUUAUGUAGCACCGAUGACGGAGAUGGCUGCUACAUCCAGGUGUCCAAGAGGCCCAACUCCAUGGAGAUGUCAGCCCUCACCCCAACUGGCUCCGCAAAGGUGGACCGACCCCGCAGCAACACCUCCGAGGCUAAACUGAUGGCAAAGAAGCGCGUGAUCCGUAUGCUCAUUGUCAUCGUGGCCAUGUUCUUCAUCUGCUGGAUGCCCCUGUACUCCGUUAACACCUGGAAAGCAUUCGACCUUCGCUCGGCCCACGAGGCUCUCUCUGGAGCCCCCAUCUCGUUCAUCCACCUGCUGUCCUACACAUCUGCCUGCGUCAACCCCAUCAUCUACUGCUUUAUGAACAAGCGUUUUCGAAAGGCGCUUCUCACCACUUUCUCUUGCUGCUGCUGGCCCUGCCGUAGAAGAGGCUUCAGGGAAGGUGAUGAUGAGGUCACUGCCACCGGAGCGUCCAUGUCUAAAUUCAACUACACCACUGUCAGCACAAUGGGACCAUGCUGAUUCUCAGAGACCAAGGCUGGGAAAGAUGGAGGAGAAUUGGGGUUGAUGUUGACAUAUUGUCAAGGUUCACACUAUGGUAGAACGGAGUAGCUGUAUUCAACUGAACACCCUUAGAUUGUUCAUCACCUACUCGCAACCAAGCAAACCACAUGCUACAUCAUCAUCGGUCAUUGUUUUAUGAUCCAUGAUUGCUCAUGGUGUUACAUAUUCACUAUAGACUUGUAUAAAUGUAUAUACUUAAGGUGGCGUCCCACAAGCUGACCUAAAACAACUCGGUAGGAGAGGUUACACCAACCUCAUCCUCUUCUGUUGAAGGUCCAUUACUCUCACUCAUUAAGAAUGCAAAUGAAAGACUAAAUGACUAAACAUUUCUUUCUGACUGAAUUAGGAUGUCAUUUUGGUGUAGCAGAACCCAAGAAAAACAUUUAUUUAUACAAUCACUAUAAAUCAGUGUUUGAUGCAUGUGGCUUAGAGUUUGCUGAGGAGAUGUUUGGAUCAGAUGCAAGCCUGGCAGCGGUUCUUCAGGAUGAGAAGAAGCCUAUUGGUUGGCCUUAUCGUGAUAAUGAUAAUGUCAAAAAUGCUAUUGUUAGAGUCAACUAUACCAUGAUCUCAGCAGGAAGCAGAGUUUCUGGAGCUGUUAGCGUUUACUGAGAGACGGCUACAUGCACUGAUGUCCUUUGAUUCUCAUACAACUAUGUAAAUGACUGAAAAUAGCUAGUGGAAUGCCAGCCUUAAACAUUUUAUGUUAAGUUAUCCUUUUGUUGUUGUUUUAAGUGCCUGCAAUCCGUUCAGAAGUCAAGGUUUUCUUCGGAGUAGUUGUUGCAUAAUGUAAAAGAUUUCACUUAUGAGAAAUGAUCAGAACUCUUGAACACUGACAUGUUGCAACGCCUCUCCAAAGUCUGAGCCAACAGGCUUGCAGUAUAAGUCACAAUUCUACUGUAUUACAAAUACCUAAUGCGCUGGUUAAUGAUGAUAGUCUGUUGCUAGACAAGACAAUGCUUUUGGCAAUUGGUUUCAUCCCAUUUUUUGGAGCCAAAGAGGUUUUGUUUUUGAAGAUGUCCUUCAUGGCCCUCACAAUCUGUGACUUGAGUGGCGGUAAAUGCAGGUCACCUCAACUGAAUGAGUACUCAUGCCGAGCUGUCAUAAUCUCACAGACUGAUUUAUGGCUGCUUUUACAUGUCCUCAUAAAUUUUAUAGACAUAAACUUAUUAAGGUCCUCUCAGAUGGUCCUCAUCAAAUAAGAUCAUUCAAACCUGAUUUGCGAUUGUUCCAUUUCUCCUUCUUUAGAAGAGAGAAAAAAAAAGAACAUGUUUUUGAAGCAGUUUAGAGAGAGAGAGAGAGAGAGAGAGAGAGAGAGAGAGAGAGAGAGAGAUGCUUGAUUAAAUGUCAGAUAUUUUUGACUGCCAUGGGACUCAUGGGAGGUGAGACUUGAGUCAGUCACUGUAAAAAUUGUCAAGCCACUAAAAUUGAAAACAUCAAUUUGAUUGCUGACUUUAAGCAAAAUUAAAGUGCUGCCAAAGUGACAACCUGUAGUGAUAAGUUCAUUGCACUUUCUCAGCCACUUUGAUUUUAAUUACUGAUGAAAAUAAAAAAAAUAAAACAAAUAAGCUGAAACUCAUAAAAUUAAGUAGGAAGUUAUAUGUCCAAUGGAUGUAUACAAGAUUUUAAAAAAAAAAUAUAUAAUGAUGAGAACAUUUUUACAGUGUACUUCCUCUAUGUUGAAUAGUCCUCACAGCUAAACUGCAAAACAAUCCAUCCUUAAUUAAUUUGCAUGUAGACCAUUCAUUUUGAAAAAUGAAUCAUUUGCAAUUCACAUCCAAACAUUAUAAAUACUAACAUUACAACUCAUUAGUAAGUGGUCACAUUGACUUUAAGUCAAUCCCAGGGGUAUUUUCAAUUUUUUAUACAUAUAAAAUAGUAAUUAGUUUGAAUAAGUAA